AUGGAAGAGUUUCUCAUUUUGCUCGGCCCAGAGAUUGAGGAUCCAGAAGAAGAAUCGUUCCUCCUCUUUUCUCAAUCCAUUCCUUCCCAAGACCUUGGGUUUGUUGAUUCAAAAGCCACCACCUUGGAAUUAAGUAUUGGUGGCCAUGAUCUCACUAUACACCAGUCCCCAACCGUAUUAUCAUCAAAUCGGGAUGGAGGAACCACAGGUGCAGUUGUCUGGAAGGUAACGCCUCUUUUUGCUUCUUGGAUAUCUGCUUCCUCUAACAUCUUAUUCCAACACAAAAUCAUAGACGCCAAUUCUACCGUUCUUGAACUGGGAUGUGGAAUAUCUGGAAUUAUUGGGCUUACGCUUGGCCCCCAUGUAUCAGAGUACGUGUUGACAGAUCAACAAUAUGUCUCGAAACUCCUAAAUCAGAAUCUGGAGGAAAACAGAAUUUCGAGCAGUUCAACCAUGCCUAAAAGUCGGAGCAACAAAGCGAAGAAACAAAACACGGCACCAACGACAAACAUUCAUUUCAAGACCCUCGAUUGGGAGACCGACGAAGUGACUUCUUCCCUCUCAAAAUCCGAAAACCACCACGGAUUCGAUGUUGUCAUAGCAUGCGAUUGCAUAUACAACGACAUGUUAAUCAAGCCGCUGGUCCAAACCAGUGUCGAUGCCUGCAAUCUUCGACGAUCAGAUCCCGAGCUUCAGCCCACUAUAGUAAUCGUAGGACAACAACUACGCUCAGACGAGGUAUUUGAGUCAUGGUUGAAAGAGUUCCAUCAAUCCUUCAGAGUCUGGCGCGUGCCUGAUGAAUACCUGACUGAUGGGCUGAGAUCAGACUCGGGAUUUGUGGUUCAUGUAGGUGUGCUUCGGGGAUGA